AUGCUUGCAGCCCGCAGCAGUGGAGGAGGGGUGGGAGGUCACAACGGUCCCCCAGGACACAGAAAACACUCUGUAGCGUCGCUGAGCGGGAGCAAAGGCCACUGUAACGCUCAGGAUGGCAGUAAGGAUAGACGCAGUUCCACCCCAGGCCAGCAGGCUGCAGCACCACACAGAAGCAAGGCAGCACUGAUUAGAGAGAUGGAGACCCACUGGUAUCUGAAGAUGUGUGGACUUGCAAGGGGGGAUUCUGUGGCUCAAAAGACAGGCAUGCUGUACAGGAAUAUAGGUUCAAAGGGGUGUCGAAUUGUCUGUGUAGGGCUUGGUACCUGGGUAACGUUUGGUGGUCAGAUUACAGACGAGGUGGCUGAGCAACUGAUGACCAUGGCGUAUGAGAGUGGAGUCAACCUGUUUGACACAGCGGAGGUGUACGCUGCUGGAAAAGCUGAAGUCAUAUUGGGUAACAUCAUCAAGAAGAAGUGCUGGAGACGAUCAAGUCUGGUCAUCACUACCAAGCUGUACUGGGGAGGAAAAGCAGAGACUGAGAGAGGUCUUUCAAGGAAACACAUUAUUGAAGGUCUGAAGGGCUCCCUCCAGAGGUUGCAGCUGGAAUACGUAGACGUGGUCUUCGCAAACCGCCCCGACACCAACACGCCCAUGGAGGAGAUUGUGAGAGCCAUGACUUAUGUGAUCAACCAGGGGAUGUCCAUGUACUGGGGGACUUCUCGAUGGACAGCCAUGGAGAUCAUGGAGGCGUACUCUGUGGCCAGACAGUUUAACCUGAUCCCUCCGGUGUGUGAGCAGGCUGAGUACCAUCUCUUCCAGAGGGAGAAGGUGGAGGUCCAGCUUCCAGAACUCUACCACAAGAUAGGUGUCGGGGCGAUGACGUGGUCUCCGCUGGCCUGUGGCAUCAUCACGGGGAAGUACCAGAACGGCAUCCCAGAAACCUCCAGGGCAUCCAUGAAGUCGUAUCAGUGGUUAAAGGAGAAGAUAGUGAGUGAGGAUGGGAGGAAACAGCAGGCGAAGCUGAAGGAGCUGGGACACAUCGCUGAGAAGCUGGGCUGUACUCUCCCACAGCUGGCCGUGGCCUGGUGUUUGAGGAACGAAGGGGUGAGCUCAGUCCUCCUGGGAUCCUCCAGUCCAGAGCAGCUAACAGAGAACCUGGGUUCCAUACAGUUCCUUCCAAAAAUGACGUCUCACGUGGUGUCGGACAUCGAUCACAUACUGGGGAACAAGCCGUACAGUAAGAAGGAGUAUCGCUCCUAGACACCCAGGAGGAAGCAGAACCACUACUGUACAACCACUGUGGAUCCAGUUCCACCAACCAUCUGGGCUCAGCCUCCAUGGGGUUUCAGCUCAGUCUAAUCCCAGCCUAGUUCAGGCCUGCUCUGCUCAGCCCCAGCUUUCUUAGCCCAGUGUAACCAAGCUUAGUUCAGCCUAACCAAGCUCACCCUCUGCCUAGACCAGCUUUCAGCCCAGCUUUCAGCUCAGCUUACUCUUAUCAGUAGAUUCUCUGACUCCUGAGUUUAUUAACCAUGUAGAUGCAUGCUUCCCCCCUCUGGUGUGCCUGGACUUUCUCUUCAUAAGCACAUUAAACAAAACAACACAGAAGGGGGUUAAUACUUAGAAUAUACCGUAAGCUUCUUCAACAAUUCAUUUUGAAAACUCCUCUCUCCAGCCAGUCUACUGUAUUUGACACUUGUUUGACCUUUGCAAAGCAGAGCACCCUGGGACAUUAAGUUUCAGUGACAGGGGUUUGUUGUCUGCGAGGGGUAGACUGUGCAUAUUGCCCCCCUCUGGUCGUAUAAGGUACUGCUAUGGAAUAUCUUUAAUAGAUUCUCUGCGAGAGAAAAUCUCAAUUGCAUUUCCUUGGGAGAAUCUCAAUCGCACACUCCUUGCGUCCUCUCUCCACGCCUCUUUCGCAAAACCCGUUGGUGGAGAAGAUCAGAGGGGAGGGACCUCUGGGUUUCUCAUCCAAUUGGUUUUGAGGAGGAGGCGAGGAUGCGAGGAGUCAAGGAAAGGCAACAGAGACUGGUCUCACAGGUGGUCUCCUGUGCUGGGUACUGUCUGUUUGCAGCCAUAGAGGAUACUCUGAAUUGAACCUGCAUCGUUGAUUGCUGAUGUGAAUCACGGAUAGCACAAGCAACUCUGUGACACGACCUCCCACCCGACCAAUGUUACCCGCUGGCUUGUUUCAGUGAUAAUGCGAAAGUUAGGUGAAGUAUUUAGAGAAAUUAUAAAGGUAUAUAUUUAUUCUAUAAUAGUAUGUGAAAAUACAUUUCUUCUGCGUGUUUUAAAUGUUUUGUCUUUCAAGGGUGUCUCUAUUUUAAACUUCACGGGGAAAACCUUGUAACAUAAAGAGAACCAACCUCAAGCCCCCUUUUCAUGCAGAUUAAAAUGAAGCAUUCUCCAAAUAAUCUGUAAGUAUUGUGUAAAUAGUGUUCCACUGUUUCUCCUCUGUCAGCAGAACCAUGCAUUCAUGGUCGUUUGGGCCUGAUACCAGUCCUCCUCCGCUCCUGGGUUUUACCCAUUUAGCUUAGGCUACUUUUCUUUAAAAUAGACACAAGGUGGAUUUAACAUUUUAUAAAUAACUCAUUAUGGGAGGAAUGAACAAUGACUUGCUUCGAUGGCUUGCUUGGCAGAUGGCUAAGUCCUACCACGGGAGCUGGUUAAGUCCUACCACGGGAGCUGGUUAAGUCCUACCACGGGAGCUGGUUAAGUCCUACCACAGGAGCUGGUUAAGUCCUACCACGGGAGCUGGUUAAGUCCUACCACGGGAGCUGGUUAAGUCCUACCACAGGAGCUGGCUGGCAUCUCGCUGGGGCAGCAAGUAUCCUAGUGGUUAGAGUAUCGGGCCAGUAACUGAAAGGAUGCUGGUUCAAAUACCCAAGCUGUCAAGGUGAAACAUCUGUCGAUGUGCUCUUGAGCAAGGCACUUAACCUUAAUUUGCUGGGGGGGGGGGGC